CAGUCGGUGCGAGCGCGAGCAGCCCCGUUUUCGCCCUCUCUCGUUCUGCAGCGCGCUACAGGUUUCGAAGCAUAUGGUUGAUUCCGCGGCGUUUCACGCUGGCUGUACCACCUGUUCCGUCCCACCGGUAGCUUGUACACACCUCACGCAAUCGUUCAUAUCGAUCUUGGAACGCUGGCGUGUGUUCAGCUGAGCGUUGUGUGGCCGAGAGCGUCAGACCAGGGUGUUGAAUGUCAAAGGUUUCAUCUUGCAGUUCGGCAGUGUGUUCCUUUCGGACGCGCGAAACCUCGUGACAGCUGACAUCUCCGCCGAUGUCCAAUCGGAGAGUGAUUUCAAACUCUUGCGGUGCUGGAGACUGUGAAUAUGUACUGCUUCAGGACGCAACAAUGAAGAUGGAACCAUAUGAUUGUGAUCUGAAUGUCGGUCAGGACCUACGAGGGUUCACUCUUGGCUAUGGACUGACCCAGCUGCUUGGACUGGGCUGUGUCCUCAUGGUGGUGGUUUGGACGAGCCACUACUUCGGCGGCUUCUCUGGCCCCAGCAAUCCCAAGACUGAGUUCAACUACCACCCAGUCUUCAUGGUUCUGGGCAUGAUUUUUCUUUAUGGGAAUGGCAUCCUGGUAUACCGUGCACUGAGGAGUGAGCGCAAGUCACGCCUCAAGCUGCUGCAUGGUGCCCUACAUGCCCUGGCUUUCCUGUCUUCAGUGGUGGCUCUGAAGACUGUCUUUGACUCACACAACCUGGCCAGUCCACCCAUUCCCAACCUCUAUUCACUGCACAGCUGGAUGGGGCUACUCACUGUGAUCCUCUUUUCUGCACAGCUACUGUGUGGAUUCGUGGCUUUCCUGUUUCCUGGAGUGCGCCAGUGGUUGCGAGCUCAGUACCUGCCUCUGCAUGUCUACUUUGGACUGGCAAUUUUUGUGCUUGCCGUGGCCACUGCACUAAUGGGGAUCCUGGAGAAGCUCCUCUUCACGCUGAAAGCAAACUACCAAAUGUUGCCUGGAGAGGCUGUGCUGGGCCACAUGAUAGCGGUGUGCAUGGUGGGCUUUGCCGCCAUGGUGGUGUACCUGACAACUCGAACAUCGUACCGUCGAACGCCUUUGCCAGAGGAGGCGACUCUGCCUUUGCAAGCGCACACACCCACUGAUUGAUGACAGAACUGAACCUAAGACUCGGCUAUUGCUUUGAGAACUGCCCCCUUUGAUCUGAUUUACUAUAGAGGUAGCUUUCACGCUAACAAUACCGAUCUCUGAACACAUUGCAAGAACAAUAGCAAAAUGUCUUGGGCUCUAAUUGACUGGCCUGAUAGUUUUGGUUUUGAUCUCUCCUGUUCUUUUCAAAAGUCCUCAUAACAUUUAUUUUUAUUGCUCAUGGAUAUCUGUAUAUGUCUAAGGAAACUAGAAAAUAAGAUGUUUUUCUUUUUAUUUCUGCGACAGAUGAUAUAAUAAGAAGCCCUCAGGCUUCUGAGGAGUUUGUGUAUUCAAGAUUGUGAGGAGGGUUCUUUCAAAAGCCAUUCCCUUGUGGAUUUUCACUUGUGCCCUUCUGUUAUUUUGGACACUUUUUUGCUUAUACCGACAUUUUGCCAUGAACUCGAUACAGGUUUUCCUGUUCUGUGGCUUUCUGCAUGUUUGAUGAAUAUGCUAUUUAGCUGGAAAGUCUUUUAAUGUUUACUUUUCAGAGCCACAAAGGAUUCUUGCUUGAGAGUUUUCUUGUAAGAUUAACCAGGAUGUCAUCAAAGAAAUAGGUAAAAUAAAAUAAAUAUAGGUUCCAUCAUGCUGCAUGAUGAAAUUGUAUCUAGUAGAAGGGAUGCAUGGAAACAAAUACAAUAAAUAAAUAAAUCUUUAAAAAAAAGAGCCGCUAUUGGAGGUCACCUUAGGGGUCAGGUGUGUGCAAGCUAACUGCUGAAGUUCAAGUUAUCCAGUGGAGGCCAAUUUUAUGAUCGAAAUAACGAAAGUUAGGGCCCAUAGAAAUGCCUGAGUGCUGGCCAAGACCUUUCGUCAAGAUUGAAUUAAGUGAAAAAUCGAAUUAAUUGGAGUUGAAAUAAUGGAAGUCUACUGUAUAAUUUUUAAAACUGAGAAGGAUAUCCUUGCAGCUCUGAGUAUGUAGCCAAAUUAAGUUAUUCUGUAAGAUCAUGAGGCAGCUUUUGUUCUUACCUUACUUGGAAGGUAGGUUCUGUGCUUUGUUUUGUUUGAUAAAUACCAUGCCAACACCACUACUACAUCAACAAAGCAUGACAUAGCACUGAUUCUUGGUGCUGACUGUUUGUUUAGACUUUGAUUUGAAUCGUUGUGAUGUUUUCAAGUUGAUUUGAGUUGGUCUCAUACAUGGGGUUAAGUUGGAGAUCUUGGAUAACGCUUUACAGCACUUGUCAGUAAAUAUUCAGUAGAGCGUCUACACCACUUCUGGAGAAUUUCUCCUAUAUUUUUCUGAUUUAGGAAGGUUGUGGUGUGCUGUGGAAGUUGCUACUCUUUCUUUGGUAAGUUGUACUUUAACAUUUGCUGACAAUAUGCCGUGUUAUUUUUAUGCUUGUGAAUGUCUGAGAAAAGGCCCUUUUGUGUUUCUAGGGCUACCUUGUUUCGAUGAUUUCAUUAUUGUUCAGUGUACUUCUUCCUUUAUGUUUAUUAUUUAUCCCGUGAACUUUUUUUCUUUCUGGGGAUUCAACACAGUGUACUUACACCAGCUAGGCGCAUUAUUCGUUGUGAUUUAGAGCUACUUGGUGAAGCUCACAUGUUUACCUUUGAUGUGUGGGCCAUAAAGUCAGUUUUCACCAGCAAGUUGUUCCUUUUUUUUUUAUUCAGAAGUUUGUCCUGCAGCACAAAACAUGUGAAUCAUGCAUGUUAUAUGGCGUGCAUAAUUUGUUGCCUUCUUUGAAGUGCAACAGAGCUCUAUGGUGUGGGCCAUGGUUCACUGAACACUUUGCUGGAUAGCUAUCUGCCUGAAGCAUGCAUGAACAGGUCACUGUCAGCAUUUACUCGACUCAAAAUGUUUCUUGUACGAAGCUACAAGAUCGCUGCCUGAAGAAUGUGCUCGUGGAUUUUGAAAGAUUGCCCCGACAUAUUUUGAUUCCUAUUUUGCUGUCACUCUGUUCAUGUCACAGUGCGGCCCAAGCCACAGUAAGGGCAGCAUCUUGUAAUGAUUCUUUUCUUUGAUUUUAUUUCUUCUGCUGUGCUGAGUGGCCUAUCCCAGUGCAAAUUAGCUUGAUGGCAUGUGCAUGCAGGUGAACACAGUGCUUGGUGGUCAGUUCUGGCAAAAAUAGCAUGCUGUUAUUGAAUGUGUGAGGCAAAAGCAAAGGGAGAGAGGGAUUGUUGGAAAGAGAAUCAUUAUGAAAUCUCACCUCGACAUGCUUACAGUAGGGUUGUUAUACAGUGGAAUAGGCCAUAAGUGUUAAGCUGCCAUGAGCAUCUCUGGAGCUGUGUCCAGUUGUAGAGUAGAAAAUUUGCAAUAUCGUUUUUCAUUUGAAUUGAAUUGUAUUUGUUCUUUUUAAGGCUAGCUAAGUAAACAGCACUUGCUGUAGUGGGUAGAAAAUUCUUUUUUCCUAAACUGGCCCUUGCUGCUUUCCGUUUUUAUUUCGUUCCUUGUGCAAUGAAAGACAACUUGUGAAGUGGGAAAUGCACAGCUCUUGUACUUAUUCUGGUGUUAGGAAACACAUACAGAAAAUUGCUUGCAAUUAUAUUUUUUUCCUUAGCUGACUUUAGGGCUCCCUUGUGGUGGCAAGACUUCAUUAACAGCGCGAUGAUAAAUUAUAAGCAGGAUAUUUUUUGUACAUUGUGCAUGCUUAGCUGUCUAUCAACAUUGUAUUCCCUUGAGUUUCCUAUCUUUCUUGCUUAUUCUUUUGGGGGGAAGGGGCUGGAAUUGUUGAUGAUCUAUACGGAGGUAAAUCACAUUGGGGGCAGACACUGUGCAAGAGAUGGACUUCGGUGUUUAUCCUCUGGGACUUCAUAUAACUUCUUCAUUUGUUUACGUUUAGCAAGGCAAAUCAGUCUUAUUACCUUGAAGUUGUAUUUAUGGCACAGGCACUUCAGUCAUUCCUAUUUGUUCUAAGUUACUGAGUUACAACCUGCUUUCUUUUAUUACUUUUUUUUUCUAUGCUAUAAAGCUGUUCUUUCCUGAAUUGCAGUUCUUCAGAAUUAUUUGCAGCAUUUCAUGUUUGCUUACAGCUAUUGCUCAUUAUACUUUUGUGGCCUACAGCUGUUGCUUUGUGGUCUUGAAACAUUUAGCUACUUACUGUUGUCAUAGCCAUUGCAUGUAGCACUGGCCUGACACAUUUUGUGAUUGCAUCUUUCUCUGCAUUCUUUUCCUGUCAUUUGUUUUAUGAGAUCUGUUUUGGUUUGUUUGUUUUGACUUAAGUUUCAUGUAAUACAGGUAUUAUCUUUAUCAAAUUCAUGCUUUGAAUGAUAAAUCUUUUAAGCCUGAAGAUUAGGUGCAUUACAUGUGUAUUUUACUUUUAGGUCCCCGUAUGUGAAAGAAGGGCCACCACUUUUAUAGAAGAGUAUUUCUGUUUUGAAGAACAAUUGGAUCAGAGUAACGAUUGUGUCUGAAAUUGCUUUGCUGAUUUAGUGAGCCCUAAUUUUACGUGGUCUGUCUUUAUAUGAUGGGUCUUAUCUUUUCUAUAUUAGAUAACAGCUUUGUUGAUUAGGAUAAUGCUUGUAAUUGUAGCAAAUGUAUGCUUUUAUUCCAUAAUCUUAAGAUGUAGCAUAUUGGAUAUGUAUUUGUUUAUUUAACUUCUAGCUAUUUGUAUACAAAAGAAAAGGCGUACCUCUUAUGUUGCAUUCUAUAGCAUGCAUCACAAUAAUAGCCGUGUGGGGUACUCGCUUUGUGCUUUGUGUAGUUGGAAUUUUAUACAUGUAUUUGCUGCCUCAUGUGAUGCAUACCAGUAUUUUUAAAAUGAAAUUGUUUGUUCUUUGCUUCGUGAAAUGAAAACAUUCUGUUACCAUUGUGUGGCCUCAGUGUAGUCUUGUUGAUCGUAGGGUAUGAGGGCUGCCACGAAAAUGCUGCAUUAAUGUGCCGUAAAAGCAUUGCAAAUCUUCGUGAUAUGUGUGUGCAUACAUGUUGUUUCUAUCUCUAUUGUCGGUGGAGCCUAAUGUUUGUACUAAUAUGCUGUGAUGUGCCAUAAUGGUUGAAAACAUAUCUUCUCUUGUAUGCGGAAUUUAGUCUAGUCAUAGUGAAUGUAGCUUAUCUGUUACUGCUGCUGCUAUUCAGAGAGUCUUUUUAUAGAUAUUUCUAUAUGGUGUUGUACUACUGUGCAAAAUAAAUGUAGCCGCUGUUGUAGUGACACCAUGAUGGUAAGAAAAACAUAAAUGCUGUCAUUGACUUGACAUGAAAGCGACUCGUAAUGAUGAAUUUGUAUAGAGCUUGUGUUUAUUCAACAAGUGUGAUUUUCAACUUCAACAACAGUAGUUGUUACCAUGUUUCAUGUCUUCUUUUAAAUUCCAGAUCGCCCAAAGAUUUUUCUUCUAAUUUUGCUCCUUUAUGGUCUUUCCCAGUCAAUGAACUUUGAAUUUUCACUUAUUAUGCUAGGAUUUGGCAGUCUUGUAUGCAAGCUGCGUUUUAAGGACCAGAAAGCUUUUGAGGUCAUCCUGUCAUUAUGUUAUUUCUGUUCAUCUUUUUGCCUUGAUUCUCAAAAUGUGGCCUUUUUGCACUGUUUUCUUUUUGUUUUGCAUUUUGAAGAAUACAAACAUUUGCAUCUUACUUUGAUGCCGAUUUUCUUCAUUAUAGUUUAUAUUAUCACUACAUAUCAGUUUGCAUUGUAUAUGGUUAUACCAGGGUUUGCGUGGGGUUGUGAGGGUUAUUUUUACACUGCCUGUGAAAGUAAACAAAGUAUCAGCUGCUGAAUGUUAAAUAAGUUCUGAAAGGCUGAUGUGGCUCCCAAAUGUGUUAAGGGUAAGCGUAGAUUGAAAGUACAUCUUGCUUGAGUGGCUAACUUACAGAGAUAAUCAAUAGCGGUAUCAGGUGAACAUGGAAUUGCUUGACCAAGGCCUCCUGACAUUGAAGCAGACACUGGGCUCAUGACUUAGUCCAUCAAAAUAGUGCAAAACACUGUCUUGUUUUUAUAUAUUGACUCAAUAAGCCUUCUCCCAAAACUAUGACCUACCGACUUCAUCUUAUCAAGAAUGCUACUUUUUGUAUUACAAGAUUCAUAAGAUUAUCUGCCUUCAUCACCUAGGACACUUGCUCUGCCAAUACGAUUAGAAGAACUGCCACUUUUUCUUUUAUUUAUUUUCUUUUCUUCUGCCAACAUUCUUAUAGGGCUUUUGUUUCCCUUGGUUCCAUUCCGUGCAGAGUAGCAUAUGUCAGCGAAUGUACACUUGCUAAACGCUGUGCUUUUCAAUAAAGAGCAAUCUUUUCCUCUAGGUUAGGAUAGUGCAGUGCUGUGCUUACACUGUUUCUAUGUGUCUUGCAUAUUGUUGCUUUGUGUACAUUCAUGAAGCAAUUUCCUUCCAUAAUCAUGAACAAACUAGCGCCUCGAGAUGUCCUUAAGUGGACUAGCCCCCAAUGUUAUGUUGGUGUUGCGUCGUCAAGUAUGUUGACAUGAUUGACCACAUUAAUGCUGAAACUUCUACUAAAUGUCUCUGAAGCAUUUUGCUGGAUGGUAUGCCAAGUGAAAGUGAAAACACCAUUGAAUGUCAUUUACAGAGAAUGACUCGCACAUUGCUCAGUGGACUCGUUUGAAGAUUAUCAUGUGGUGGUUAAGCCAGUAUGAGCCCUUUAAUGGUAAUGAGCCAAGUUUUUGUAGAGUGUCUGUGUGGGGUUUUCAUUGGAAAGGUGACAUAUCAGAACAAGUUGAAAUAAACUUUGCAAAUGGUUUGAUAGCAUGUACUGAAUCUGGCUAGGAGGAGGUCCUCUGAGCUUUCAGCACUUUUUCUUGUAUACACAAACACCGCUCACAUUUUGACCUUGCUGCUCCUCUCCUUUCUCAUAUUGGAAGUAAUUUGUGUGGCAACGCUGUAAAUCUUAUGUCACUCGUUCAGAAUGCUAUUCAUUCAAAUAGGCCUUUUUGUGUGUAGUAUGUGAUGCACAUUUGUCUCAUGUUUUGCUAUCCUUAUUUCAGCACUGUUUACAACUCUUAUCAUAGGAACUAGAAGGAGGCUUUUAUUGUAAAUUCAUACCUACAGUUGGCUUUUGUCGAGAGCAACGUGGAGCCUGAGUCACGUGUGAUAAUACUUCGAGAGGAAAUUCAUUUCACGUUGCACGAAAGCUCAGGAGGUAGAGGCAACAUGAAUAAGUCAAAACACUGGUGUUAACUUUUUAUGCACUAUACAUGAGUGUCCCAACUAACUUGUGCCAAAAUUUAAAAAUAUGUUAGUGCCAUGUAGCUGGACAGAACCAAGGUAAUGUUGUUUGCUGUCGCUUGAAGCAAGUCAAACUUUUUUCUAUUAUGCCUUUCACAUUAGUGAUUAUUAAUUCAUUAACUUCUCAAAUAUGCUAAUGAGCAAAAUUGUCAAUCAGGAAACCGUAGGCAGUCGUGAUGAUUUCCUGAUACAUCUUUCUGUUUCUCAGUACAUGCUGCACAAAAGCAGUUUCCAAGCGUUAAAAAAAAGCCCACAAAACACGAAAGAGUGCCGCGUGAUCAGUUGUGCGGCCCCUUUGGUGUGCUUUUGUGGGCUUUCCUUGUCCUUACCAAGCUGAAAUCUCACUGAAACGCUGUCCGCUUGCAGCUGCUGGGUGCAGCGUAUGGGCUGAUUGCACUGGCACUAAAGUGCCGAUCACCUUGUCUAAAGUUACGAUUAAUAUGCUGUGACCACAUUGAUGCGUCACUGACAGCGUCUUAGAUGAGAAAAAAAAAGGAGGGACCCCCGCUUACCACUGCCACGUGAGGCCAGAAUAAAGUAGCAGCGAGCAGCCGAGCACGUGCGUGCGAGUGGUGUUAGAAAGAAUGGCAAAAGAUGAGCUGAGAGCGCCGCCUGACACCAUCUCUGGCUCGGCUAGCAAGAUGCUGCCGGUCAGAGUGUUUGAAAGUGAUGCUGCCUACACUGCUCCGUUGCCUUUUUUUCUAGUAUUUUCGAAGUUGAGAUUUAGAGAUAUUCGGAGUGCAAUGAAAAAAUGUUUCGAGAUAGGCGGAAAACUGGUUGAAAGCAUGGCCAGAAAGAAAAGUCGACUGAACCGAUAUAUAAAAAUAUCACAGUUAACAAGGGUUGACUAUGUGCGACACAGCUCAACGCAGUAUGGUUUAAAAAGCCAAUCCACCUAAUGUGCAUGCAUACAAAUAUGGAAGGGGACACCUGAUUUGCAUUCCAGACAGUUAAAUGCCACUGCUUUCUGCAGCUAAACGAAGUUCAUUUUAUCAGGGUCUUGAGUGUGAGGUCUGCUUCACAGUCAGCAGCGAAAUAUAGACUUAUUUAAGCUGCUACAAGUGGUCAUUGUCUGAACACCAAUUAAGUGUUCUCUUUCAUCUUGGUGACUUUCCUGUACGUUUCCAGCGGAGUGCACUUUUGUUGUAACGAAUGCGGAGGGGGCGCAAAGCAAGAAAAUACUUUCUUUAGGAAAGUGCAAUGUGCUGCUCGGAUUUUUAUCUUCUCUAUGAAUGUGUUACAUGCCUUCUAUAUAAAUCUUCACACUCUAGCAGAUAGUACAAUUUUGCCGUGUGGAACUUGCAUAACGUUGUCUUGCAACAGGGCCUUCAUCUGUUGGCAAAGUUUUCGAAGCUAGGUUUUCUCUUAAAUGUGUGUAGUACAGUUGUCUGUUCUUGUCCCAAUCUUGUUUCAGUGCCAGCACAAACACGAACAAGUUGAGAGAAGUAACAGUGUGUGUUUGUGUUUCCAUGCCAGCCAAUGUGUGUGUGACAUUAUCCGUUGUAGGACUUGGAUGUUGUGUUUUGUGGUCAAAACUGGUUUAGCCUGACAACACUUGUGUUGCAGUCAGGUUGGUUUGCAUAAUGUAUUAUGCUAUCCGGUACAGGACUUACACAUGAAAGGCAUGGCAGGACAAGCACUUGCCCUGUGUUCCUUUAAUAUUACCUAUCUGUUCUGAAUGAAUACCACAUUAUGACCUUACAAAUGUUGUAUUGAAAGUAAUGCAAAAAUGGGCAUAACUUUUCUAUUAACUGAUCCAGGAAGUUCAAAUUACACAUGGCUAGAAUAUUUCUUCGUGUGUACAGUAGCAGUAGUAAAAUGAGACGCCCGCUAUGAACUCAAUGCAUUUGGGCCAGAUAUAUUUUUUUUUGGUGGCCACCACUGUGCAACUCCUUCCAUCUACUCUGUGUCAUCCAGUCAUUGCAGCAAGAACUUCAUUUCCCUAAAGCUGAAGUGGAAUGGCUACAAAUCUGACCUGCUCAGUCAGUACGAAACAAUUAUUCUGUAAAAAUUGGCGCUGGACAGCUGCAGUCACUAGCCAUCUUUUUAACAUGACAUAAAAAGACAAAAUACAGCCAAUUUCCAGGAACUUUUUUUGACACCUAGUCUGUGUCCAGCUUUUCUGUGGGGGCUGUACAGCAAUCCACUUGUGCAAAAAUCACGUACGUGUCCCUUUGUCAUUGACAGUUCAGCUAGUUGACUGCCUCCCACCAUGUUGACUUUUUCUACAUACGCCUUUCCUCUUAUAUAUUAUUUAUCUGUUCAGCGCUAUUGCAUAUGACAUUGACUUGACCAUGAUGAUUCUGCAGUUUUCUGCGGGUGUCAAGUAUACUGCACCUUUCUUCGUCAAAAACUUCAUGAGAAAGCAUUGCUUUUGCUUUGCCGAGACCCGAGCUUGUCUGUGAUGUAGAAAAAGAUCGAACCAUUUGCGUAUUAGAAGGAUGACGAACCACUUUGAUCACGUUCAUAAUUAAAUGGCCGACGCCAAUUAUGCCCGCUUUCGCAUUAUACUUGAGGUUAACAGCCGCAUUGGACGGCUGGCUACGUAACCAUGACAUAUCACAAUGUCAAGUAAACAAAAGUCAUUUAUAUUUUCCUGUUUGUAUUUCAGUUUAGGUUGUUGGCUUACUUUUAUUCCUUUCCAAUCUUGACUUGCUGAUAUGAUCCGAAAGCCAGCUAUUGUGAGAUUGUGUUUGUGUGCACCAGCAUAUAGCUCCUGGUUGUCGUGAUUCACGCUGUUGCCAAUUGCUGUUGUAAGAUUGCAUGGCCUAUGCAGUGGACGUCGCUCACAUCACUGAUGUUGCUUUAGUGUUGAUUUUGGCGAGUAAGCUGUUGAUGCAAGGCUGGUUGUACGGCGCCGUUGUCUUUCUGGAUGUGUCUUUUUUGUGAACUUGCUGUCUGUAACGUGCAAAAUAAAAACAAAUGGGCAACUCAG